AUGUCGACAUCAGUCGUUGAGCAAGUACCAAAAGCCGAGAGUCAUAAGCUUGUCUUGCAGCUUCAUGAAGCUAGUCUCGCUAGCCCAUUUUUGGAGAAAUGGAAUGAUCUCUCGGGUUUUAUCGAAGAGUUGCAAGUCAAGGGCCGCAUCUCUGCUACACAUGUCUUGACGUUGGCUUGA